CCCCAAAAAGCUCGCCCAUUCCACCCCGACCAGGAUGGACCUGUUUGUCGAUUGUACAAGUUCAACCAGAUAAAUAGGAAACGCUUAAAGAAGGGCACGCACCAAGCAACGGCGGUGAAGGAGGGCAAAGUUGUUAAACAAGAAAGUGGAAAAAACAAGUGCGCGUCGUCCGGAGAGUGCACGCAGUGCAUUUUUGUACCGUUGUAUCGUCUUCUUGCAGGACGCUGGGCUGGAAAGAAAAAGAUUUCGAGAUCACAUAACAAUAUCGUUCAAACAUCGUCUCUCUCGUUGUGCAUGCCACACGGAUGUCAAGAAUGGAGCUGGAUAACAUAUUUCUGAACAAGCUUCCUAUUGUAGCCGCUACGGGCAGUGAGGGUGGAACAUGGAACCAUUACGCAUUCAUCGAGAGCACCUGGGGCGAGCGGAAGAUUCUGCUGAAGAUUAUUGUUUUCAGUCCACUGUACAACACGCCCCUAAGUUUCCUUUCCGAGAUAGACCACGAGGUGCUGCAGCAGACGGCCAUUCGAUUAGAGCGACCGUGGAACGAUUUUCUGCACGAAACCAAGCUGGCACUUUGCACCGAGGGAGGUGCGAACGGGUUCAGCUACGCGGUCGAGGAAAACAAUUUCGUCUGGCGGAAGAUCGUUGGACCCGCUUUAACCGUGGCUUACGGAUCGGUUAUACUGCUUCGUUCUCAGUGUCUGCUGUCGGAUGUGCUGUCCAACUCGAUCGGUACCCAGAACCGGCUGCGGAAUGAUGUGCAGCUGAAGAAUAAGGUGCUGCACGAACUGAGGGAAGAGCACGAGGAGCUGCUCGAGUUACAGCGCCAGCAGGAAGAGGAUAGCCGGCUGUACGAGAUAGAGCUGAUAACGAAGUGCAUCAGUAUACUGAACGAGAAGAAGGAAGUUAUUAACCAUCUGAAGAAAAAGCUCGCCGAAGACGAUGAUGAUCCGGAAGGGGAGCAGCAUGAAGAUGAGGAAGACGAACAGCGAAAUGACCCGGCCGCGGAUCAAUUCGAACGCCGAUUGGUACGGGAGGAAGAACAUGGCAGACCAUCGCCCGCACUGGUAGGGACAAGCGAUUCCGAACCAUUCUUGGUGGAUAGUGACCCGCAGGAUCAGGACGAUCAUGGAACGCUACCCAAGCGAACAAAGUAUCAGCUAACGCAGCGUAGUGCGACAACCACAUCAGCGAACAGCAUGACGUCUACGGUUACUCGGAAAUCGCACGACGAAGAUGAUGCCGGUGCCGGAGAGGAACAAGAUGGCCAACUGGAAGAUUUAUACAAUAAGGAUACGGAGGAACUUCUACAACAGAUAUAAACGUGCAAUUUUGGAACUGAGGCAUUUUUUACUAACUGAAAUUAGACUAAUUUUAUAACAAACAGUCCCUGGCCGAUUCGUCAUUUUACCCGCUGGGCUUUAGAUUAUGAGAGAAGAAACAUUUGCGUGUAGCUUGUAAUUUGUUGCUUUUUUGGUUGCUCUUAAAAUUUAAGCCUCACUGUGUCUCAUGUUUGCCGUGCUUUUUUCCGCUUCCCGCGUUGAUAGCAGAUAGGAAAGAUUAACCCAGAACGCGCGAACGGCCCGAAACAUUUAAAUCCGAUUUUAUGUGUCGUAUGCGUAAUUGAGUGUGUCAUAGUGCAAUCGAAUGUUUAGGAUAAAAACCAUGUGCCAAUAGUAAGGGGAAUGUACUAAUAUGAUUUCAAUCUUAAAAAACUGAUGAGGAAACAGCGUAGGUUCGUAGGAUUUUUCAGAGAUGUCAUGUUUAUGAAACUAAAACCUUCCCCAUUUUGUUUCCUAUUUCUUUCAACGCUCCGUCGUCCGCUUUGCCCUCCCUCAUUCCCGAUAUUCCGGCUAAGCCGAAGCCGGAGUCAGUAAUAGCUAAGAUAACUUUUUCCUUUUGGGGAAACAGAUUCAAUUCAACUUAGAGUGUAACUAUUUAUUAUUUUAUAUCGCCAUUUGUGUUAAGCAUCACAUCACCCACUUUUUUGAUAAUAAAAAAAGAUAAUCAUCAUUCACGGUUAAUGGAAUGUGUUCAAAAUGUUGGAGAGAAAGAGAUUCCAUUCAACUUUUCUACUUUUCGACUUUUUCUUCUUCAAGGAUUAGAAUUGUUAAGGACAAAUUUAAACUUGGCAGACCAAUAAUAGUUGUAAAAGUCCUCAAAAUGCCAUCUGUUUUGUCUCCCUUUACACCUUUUUCCGUUUCUUUAUUACAAAUGUUCUAUAUCUACUCUACUGUAGGAGUUUAUUUAUUUAAAAAAAGAGAUUGAUUUAGACGGCAAAGAACAAACGAAGUGUUCGAUAAAUAUGCACUCAGCAUUAAACGUACGAAUUGUCCCUACAACGUGGAUAGCUUGCGUGUGGUAAUGUAUGAUUUGUGUAUUACUUGAUUGAUUAAACAAAAAAAAACAAUUCAAAUAAAAUCUCAAAAAUUAAAUAUUAAUGCCAAAGGUGUUGUAAAAGUUCUUGAAAGUCAUGAAUUGCCAUUUUAAUAUGAAAUAAAAA